AUGUACCAGCACCACGACGGCUAUUGGCAGCCCUUCGAUCCGCCCUUCCAUGAGGUGUCCGACCACAAGGCCGACGUGCUCCACCACGUGGCGCAGCACCGCGCGGCCUGGCUGCCGCAGCUGGCCGCGCGCGCGGGCGGCGCGGCCGCCGUCGGGCCCCUGCGGCCGGAGGCCGUGCUGCUCGUCGACGACGAGAGGGCCAACUUCAGGCACUACAAGGGCGACGGUGCCGUCACCGAGGCUCUCCGCUGCUGCAAGGUGCCCCGCUACGACGACCUCUACCGAGAUUGCGGGCCGCUGAACCAGCUGGGUGGGCUCGGCGCCCACAGCGACGCCGAUUACGACUCGGUGCGGCGCUUCGUCGAGGAGCCGUGGGAGUUCCCCUCCCUGGACACGCAGUUGUCCUUCGUGGCGGCCGACCUGUCGGACAACCACGUCGUUGCCGUGGAGUCCGAGGAGCUGGCCCUGCUGCCCCGGGAGCGCGGCCCGAAGACCCUCUUCGGGCGGCGGGCCCCCGUCCGGCGGCCAACCCGGGGCUCCUCGGGCCUCCUGGGCCCCGCGGCGUGCAGCCUCGCGGGCUGCCUGCGGUGGGCGCGCGGGGUCUGCGCCGCCGGCUGCGGCGCGCUGGCGCCCUAG